AGGUAGUCUUUUUGGUAGCGCCACUCAGACAACAACCACUUCGACUGCCACUCCAAUCCUUUUCGGUGGUGGUACUACUGCAACAACGGCAACGCCAACUUUGUUCGGCAGUACCCCGGCUCCGACCGCUACUGGAACUCUUUUUGGCAAACCCACUACAGGUUUAUUCGGCACACCCACAGCAACAGCAACAACAACUGCAACUGCUGGUGGACUUUUUGGUGCCGGCGCAACAGCAACAGCGCCUACAACUGCAGCAGGUCUUGGAGGUACGGGUACCCUGGUGCCAGCUGGCGUGGGUACGAGCGGUUCGCUGGGUGUCGGUGUUGCCGGUGCUGCAGCAUCCGGGAAUCCGAUGGAUGGUGAAGUGCCACAACCGAUAGCAGAAGCGAUUAACUUUGAGCGGAUCAAGAAAAAUCACGAAAAAGGCGAUGAAUUUUCGAUGAACAGUUCCGAUAAGUGCUUGUAUAUGGAGGAGAAAAUUGAGGAGCUGAUGAAAAUGCGA